AAUUACAAACUACCCCCUUCCCGUAUCUUUCUAUUUUCAGUCCAAUUUCUUCAUUUUUCUUCUCAAUUCCAUAUAUAAUUGGUGGGCUGAUUCCCCAGAAUGAAAACCCUACGUCUUGUUAUAACCUCUCAAUUGUGAUCUGCAAAGAGAAUGGAUAAGUCCGAGCUGAUUGUAGUGGAUGUUGAUCCUCCGCAGCAUGAGAACUCAAUUUCAGGAACAAUACGAGAAGCACAAGAACCCCGUCUAUCAUUGCCAGAAAGAAUAUCCAUACUCAGGGCUCUCGCUCAAGAAACAUACAAAACCCAUCCUCUCUCUUUCUGGGUCCUGUUAACUCUAAGCAGCACUUCUAUGCUCACAGCCUUUCCAGCUUCGAGCAUCCUCUCUCGUGUCUACUACUCCAAUGGCGGCAACAGCAAAUGGAUAAUUUCUUUAGUAUCGGUUGCCGGCUGGCCUUUAACUUUACUCUUCCUGAUCCCUCUCUACUUCUUCCUUCAAAUUUCUCCAACACCUCUCACACUAAAGCUAUCUCUUUGGUACAUUUUGUUAGGUUUCCUCAGUGCUGCUGAUAAUCUUAUGUAUGCUUGGGCUUAUGCUUAUCUUCCAGCAUCCACUGCCUCUCUCCUCGCUGCAUCCUCUCUAGCUUUCUCUUCCCUUUUCGGUUAUUUCAUCGUUAAGAACAAGCUGAACCUUUCUUCAAUUAAUGCCAUUGCCAUUAUCACAGCUUCAACUGUCGUUAUAGGCCUCGAUUCACAAUCUGACAGAUAUCCAGGUAUCAGUGAUUCUCAGUACAAUUUGGGAUUCGUAUGGGAUAUUCUUGGCUCAGCUCUUCAUGGUCUUAUCUUUGCGCUCUCUGAACUAGUUUUUAUAAAGAUCCUGGGUAGGAGAAGUUUUCAUGUUGUGUUAGAGCAGCAAGUGGUGGUAUCGUUAUUUGCGUUUGUUUUUACCACUGUGGGGACUGUUAUCAGUGGAGAUUUUAAGAGAAUGAGUCUUGAAGCGAAGAAUUUUAAGGGCGGGGAGGUUUCUUACGUUAUGGUGUUGGUUUGGUCUGCGAUUACUUUUCAGCUGGGGGUUCUGGGGGGUACUGCGGUUCUUUUUCUGGCUUCUACUGUUUUUGCUGGCGUUCUUAAUGCGGUGAGGGUGCCUAUUACAAGUGUAGCGGCGGUUAUCUUCUUGCAUGAUCCAAUGAGCGGUUUCAAGAUCCUAUCUCUGAUACUUACUGUGUGGGGAUUUGGGUCUUAUAUCGUUGGUCAUACCUCGGUGAGCAAACACUCCUAGCAUCAGAACCUGCUGAGACCACUCUUGAUAGUACAUUUUGUAGUAAUUAUUCAGUUGGUGAAGCUGGCAUUUAUUGCGAUCAUUCACCUGAUUCUGAUUGUGAAUCAACAGAAACAUCUUACUACUACUUGCGAAUGAAGAGCAGUUGAUGAAUUCUA